ACAGUAUUGAAGAUGAAACUUAAAAGCUGGAUUUUCUUGCUAGUUACGGCAAGUUCAGGCAAACUCUUUGCUGAAGAUAAACCUUGUGAUUUACCACAUAUAGAAAAUGGGAAGAUUGCUCAGUACUACUAUAAUUUCAAAAGUUACUAUUUCCCUAUGCGUAAGGGAAAAAAGCUUUCCUAUUCUUGUGUAGCUGGUUAUACAACUGAAACUGGGAGUCAAGAUGGAAGAAUAACUUGUACAGUAAAAGGAUGGUCUCCAAUGCCACAAUGCUACAAAAAAUGUAACAAACCUCUUUUGGAAAAUGGCAUUUUUUAUGGUACAGAAGUCUACUUCAAACUACAGGAGAAACUGCAGUACAAAUGUAAUCCAGGCUACUACACUCCACGUGGUGGUACUGAAGGAACAGUACAAUGCCAUCCUGGAGGAUGGUCCUUCCAGCCAAGCUGUACUAAAAAAAUUGAUUCCUGUCGAGUACCCAGUUUACAUCAUGGAUACUACUUUACAGCACAGGAAGAGCUCCAAGUGAAUGAAACGCUGCUAUAUAAAUGUGAUGAGGGAUAUCAUACUGCCGGAGGAAAGACGACAGAAGAAGCAGUAUGUCUAACACAUGGGUGGUCCCUUACUCCAAACUGCACUAAAACAACUUACUGCUCUUUGAGUGCAAUAGAACACGGAGGUUUCUAUCCUGUGAAGAAAAUCUACGAGGAGGGAGACGUAGUUCACUUUUUCUGUGAGGAAAAUUAUUCUUUCAGUGAAUCUGACCUAAUUCAAUGUUAUUAUUUUGGAUGGUAUCCAGCCCCACCAGUAUGCGAAGAUCUAAGAAAUAAAUGCCCUCCUCCGCCUCUUCCUCCUCAUGCCCACAUCACCACAGUUUUAAGAACGUAUCAUAAUGGAGACAGAGUUCAUAUACAGUGUCAGAGUAACUUUGAAAUGAGAGGCAUAGGAGAAAUUCAAUGUGAAAAAGGAAAAUGGACAUCACCCCCCGUUUGUAUUGGAACUAUGGAUAAAUGGGAAUCUGAGCCACCACCAUCACUCAAAGUAGAUACAUCAAUAAGGGCAAACAAAACACAUCACGGUGAAGAUACGAAAAGGCAGCAAGACUGUACUUCUCUACCUGUGAUUAGAAAUGGUAUCCUUCUUAGCCCAUUGUUGACAAGUUACGAAAAUGGUUCCUCAGUAGAAUACAGUUGCCAGCGCUACCAUUUAUUGGAUGGACCUAGUACUGUUUACUGUGAGCAGGGAAACUGGACACAACAACCAACUUGCUUAGAACCAUGCACUCUUGAUGCAACUAAAAUGAACAGUAACAACAUAGAGCUAAAAUGGAGACAGGAAGAAUUAAUUUUCCUACACGGUGACCUAAUAGAGUUUGAAUGUAAACAGGGAUACAGUUUUCCCCAAACUACAAUCUCAUCUCCUGGAAGGACACAGUGUAACCAUGGAAGACUGAAAUAUCCAAAAUGCAUUGCAAAAGCUCCUAUGGAAAAAUGUGGCUCUCCACCUUCUAUUGAGAAUGGAGCUCUUACCCUCCCACCCCUGACCGAGUAUGACAGUGGUUCUUCACUUCAGUAUAGCUGCUCUGACUAUUAUUUCUUGCAAGGAUCUGAGAGGAUCUACUGUUCUGAAGGACAGUGGACUUCACCACCAGUUUGUAUAGAGCCUUGUGUUUUGUCAAAAAAUGACAUGGAGAAAAAUAAUGUGGUGCUGGAAAGGUUUUAUGCAAAUCAAGUUUAUUUUUACCAUGGGGAUUUUGUUGGAUUUUACUGUAAACAAAAUCAUUUUGGAGUAGAAUCUGGUACAACUUUAUUUCAAGUGCAGUGUAAGAAAGGACAGCUGGUGUAUCCAAGGUGUGUUGAAAGAGGAAAAUAA